AUGUCCAAGUUCGAGUUUGUGUCGCCCGAGGGGCUGCGCAUGGAUGGCCGACGACCGGGCGAGCUGCGUCGGAUAGAGGCCAAGAUGGGCGUGGUGAGCAAGGCAGAUGGCUCCGCGCUCUUCCGGCAGGGCAACACGCAAGUCCUGGCCACCAUUUACGGACCAAAGGAGGCUGGCUUUGCCAGUGGCGAGCGCAAGAGCAAGAAGACAGACAAAAAAACUGUGGAGCUGGGCAUGCUCAUUCGACAGACGUUCGAAUCGGUGGUGAUGACCGCCCUCUACCCUCGUUCACAGAUCGAUAUCUAUGUCCAGGUCCUCCAGUCAGACGGCGGCGCGCUGAGCGCGGCCAUCAACGCCACGACGCUGGCGAUGAUAGAUGCCGAUCCCAACUUUGUGGAGAACACGGCAGGCGGGCCAGAGCUGCUGGUGGCGAUCGAGCCCAAGAGCCAGCUGGUGGUGUCGAUGGAGAUGGAGAGCAAGCUGCCCAUGGAGAUGUACGAGCGGGUCGCCAAGCUGGCCAUCGACGGCUGCAACCUUAUCUACCGAGUGCUCACCGACGAGGUGCGCGACUACACGCUCCAGCUGUACCAGGCCAGAUCCGGUAUCGGCAGCGCUUGA